AUGCCGGCGACGCUGCCGCCGAGGGCCGCCGGCGACUGGCGGUACUGUCUGGUGUGCGAGGCAAACUCGCCACCGAGAGCUUUUCACUGCAAAAACUGUGAUCGGUGCAUCCUCCGGCGAGACCACCACUGCGUCUUCAGUGCCUGCUGCGUUGGCCACAAGAACUACAAGUACUACAUGGGCCUGCUCUUUCAGGUGGCCUUCGGCUCGGUGUACGCCUUCGCCUUCCACAGCCCCUACGUCUGGGGCAACAUGGGCGGGCUGAGCGUGGGCAACGCCGCCGCCCACCUCAUUCCCAUUCCCUUCUACCUGCUGGGGUACAUCGACCGGUGGACGACGCUGUGCAACUUCCUCUCGAUGCUGACGCUGAUCGGGGCGCUCUUCAGCGGCGGCCUCUUCGCCUACCACCUCAACCUGCUGGCGCGCAACCAGACCACCUACGAGCGGGCGAAGGGCAUCACCCAGUACAGCCUGGCGGGCGGCUGGCGGGCGAACCUCCUCGAGACGCUCGGUCCUCGCUGGCCGCUGACCGUCUUCCUCAGCCCGCUCCUCUUCGACAGUCCGCUGCCCGGCGAUGGGGUGCACUUUGGCGGGGGGAAGAUGGGCGGCGUCAGGGAGCACAAGUACAAUCGGUGA